GUCGCUCGCAGUAGCCAGCCUUUCGUCGUCGCCAACGGUACUGGAACGCAGCAGGUCCAGUACGGUCAUCUCAGGAAGAGCAGCACACAGCCGUCGGUCAACUGCCCCGCCGCAGCGGACCUCAGAGUGAUCCAAUUGCAUGGCCGCCGCUGAUAUUUGCAUGUAUUAUCUUCGGGGCGCGUGCCGGUUCGGCAACAGAUGUUGGAACUCGCACGACUGGAAGACAUUCAUGAGCAGCGCCCCGACUAUGUCCGUUCCCGCGAAUACUGAUAAUGAUGAAGAAUGUGAACCAAGUACUUCAAGUACCAUCAAUGAAUCUCAACAAGAUGAACCAAGUACUUCAAGUGUCAUCAAUGAAACUCAACAAGGCGGACCAAGUACUUCAAGUACCAUCAAUGAAUCUCAACAAGAUGAUCCAAGUACUUCAAGUACCAUUAUUGCAUCUCAACAAGAUGGACCAAGUGCUAACACUGAAUCCCAACAAGAUAUGACCGAAGAAGAGCAAAUGAUUCAAACUGCAGAUACAGCUGGAGAAAUUGGCGAUAAAUCAUCAAGCAAUGAGUUAAUAAAAUCAAUAAAGAAAAAUGCUAGCAAGUUGAAAGAAAUUGGAAAAAAAACAGUAUUUUGUAAAAAAGUGAUUCCUAUUAAGGAGAAGAUUGAUUGGGAAGAAAUUAUAAGGAAUACUGUGACCGAAAAUUUACAAUGUGGUGUCUGCAUGGAAAUAUUUAUAAAGCCCACAGUACUCAACUGUUCACACACGUUUUGCGAAUCGUGCAUACAUAUUUGGAUGAGGAAAGUUAAGAAAUGCCCUAUGUGUCGAGUAAACAUCCAAUCGAAAUCGUACUGUUUGACUUUGGACUCGUUCAUUGACAAAUUAGUCGAGUACAUGCCGGAGGAAAUCAAACUCAGGCGCAGAAUAACAGUCAAGGAACGCACUUUAACGAAAGACGAGGAAUACACACGGCGGCAUAUAAACAGAUCGAGCAGACUGGAUAGACUUGUGAACGCUACGGCUCAAAGUCAGCACCCACUACUGGAUCUUUUCAUGGCGACAUCGGGAAACCACAACGACGAUAUUGAGGACGAUAUUGAGGAAAAUGUGAUACGCGAUCAAUCCGAAGUGAUGCGUAUGAAUUUACACGACAUCGUGAUCAGCACAAGAGGAAUGAACCCUCUGUUGGACUACAAUGGCUGGUGUGAAUAAUGCUUAACCUUCCUCCUUUUGACAUCAACUAAACCGUCAAAUCCUCUUCAAUGAAACAUUUUCCUAAUCACUAUUAAAAUACUUUAUAAAUCCAUUUCUCAUAUAAGCUAAUCGAUUCCAUUUGUUAAAAAAAUGAUUUUUUAAUUAUAUACAUUUAAUUAUCUACAUUUUUUAAUGAUCCACUAUAAAUGUAUGAUGAUGAUACGUUCAUCUAAUAUUUGUUUUAUUUUCAUGAAUACUCGAGUUUCUUUUCAAUUUUAUAAAAAAAAUUACUGAUUGUUUAUUUGAUCGGUUAAUGUGGUGGAUUGAAUUUCGCAGAUGUCUAUGGACGUAAUACUAUAAGUUUUCAAUAAUUCUCGAUUAUGAGGGAGUGUACAAAAAAAUGUAUUCGAUCAAAAAUCACGUCAUGUGCUGUAGCGUUAAUAUUUUUUUUUUUUUUGUACCCCGUGCACAUGAGAUAUAUUAAUCAAUUAAAUUCAUAUACUAUCUUAUGUAUUUAUUAUUUUCAAAUAAUUUAAAUUUAAAGAUCAUAACUGAUUGAUUAUACUUAACGGUUUUUAUUAUGAUAUCGUAA